AUGACCGCGCCAGACAUAGAUAUAGUGCAGUCUGUCGCUGCAGACGAGCCAGCAAUCACCGCCUCUGCCUCGCCGCCGCGUCGCGACCCCAUUGAAGACGCCGACGCCAGCUACACACGCAAACGCCCCCGCCUGCACAGCGGGAGCAACAGCCUGUGCGCCAUGCCUAGCGAGCCCCAAACCCCCGCGAAUACUGCCGCAUCACCCUCUGAGAAGCAGGUAGAGAUGACCAUACGCUCACACCCGCCCUUGUCCCCGAAGCGCGGUGGAGACGAGGACCACGGCAAUGCUAACGACUUCCUCGAGGAUCCCUCACCUACCCCCGGUCAGUCGCCUAUACUCAUAACUAGUAGCGAAGAUGAGCGAGGAAGCCCGCCCAUCAUGAUAAUUGACGACGAUGACGACGAAGCAGUCGGCUUUUCGGUACAGGUGGACGCAGAAGACUACUUUCGCCAAUUUCCGUACUCCCAACAUGGUAGCUACUCUACCGUUGUUCGCGACCUGACACAACACAUGCAAAGGAUUGACAAAGAAAUCGAUUUCGACUUCUUUCCUAGCCUUUCGCGAUGGCUGGCCGACCUACCCGAACCUUCCGCUAACUCACAUGGCUUUUAUGCGAGUAAGGCCAUGUUCUGGGAUGAUUUCUCUUUACUGGUGAACAAAGUGCUAUCACGCAAGGCGGCAUUUGGCCACCAACUAGAUGAUCGUCGCACGGGCGACAUGUUCUACAGUUUCUUGAGUGCAUACAUCAGGAUAUGCUCCUACCUUUUACUUGCCGACGUCCACCUCCUCUCCCGCCCGCGUCUCAGUGAGAUGUAUAAUUUGCCUCUCCUUAGCCAGAAACAUAUGCGGAACUGGCAUACCAUUCUUCUCCCUGACAAGGCGCCAGUAUUUUCUAUGGUCAGCAAAGAAUACUCCGCUGAUAUCCGGAAAAUGGUCUCGCUACUACAGAAGGACUUUCUGGUCGCCAAUGGUGCUCAAAAUCUGCUACGACUGGCCAACGAAGCCUUCCACCACGUGCCUUUGAACACGCAAGCCCAGAUCGCAGCAUUUACCGCUCCUGUGCUAUGCUCAUUGGGUAUAUCGAUGUCGCAGGGCCCUAAAUCUUCGAACGACGACGAUCGUUCCGAAUUUUGUCGCAGAGUCCUACAGUUCUUGGAGCAGUACAUGGACGAUCUCUUCGAUUUGAGCAGAACUACCGAUUCUACCGUCGCUCGAGACUUGAUUCAACACUUUCACUCGCUAUUAUUUGAACUAUGUAUCUGGGACAAGAAAAUAGAGUCAGAUCUGGUCGACAGAUACUUAGACUUUCGGAGCGUCGAUUCGCCGACAACAUCAUCCUCCAUCGAAAGCAGUCUUGCCAGGAAACAGGACGAUUAUCUCAAUGACCCUCAAUACUUUCCAGUACUAGUCGCCAACGCCUGGAAGUUCAAGAUUCUACGCAGAUACCUCACUAAAGGCAAAAUGGACUUGCGCGUCAUGAGUAUAGGUGUGAUGGAUAUAAGCUUGGUCGAAAUCUGGAAACAGUACAAUGAGGCCAACGCAGCAGGAAAGCAUCCUGUCAUGCGGUACCUAGCGGACUUUCUUCUCGACGGGAAAGUGGUUGACUACCUCGUCAGCGUGGACUCACAUCCCCAGCUCAUCGCGCGCAGCGGAAACAUUGUUGGGUUUCUCGUUGUGACUCAGCGUUGGACAGACUCCCAAGCGGACGCCAUCUGGAACACGGUCGCCACAAAUCCCGACCCUCGAGUGGUAACCGCAACUAUGACCAUGCUUAGGCCAAUCAUGCAUCUGAUGAAGCCCUCCGAUCAUCUGUACUUUUGCACUAAACUUCAUGAGACGCCCAUCAGUAGCUAUACGAUGGAAAUAUUCCGAUUCCUGCAAGACCUGGGCCAAAAGAUCGUUGAGAAGGCCUCGGCAGAAGACUUCGCUAUAAGUGAAAGUACCGCAAGACCGUGGAAUGUUUGUAUCCGUCUUGUCCGCGACACAAUGUCUCAGAAGGCGCCAGACAAAGACAUGCUGGACCUGUAUUGUGAGGCUGCCGAGCACCUCAAAACUUUCGCACAUAGCGUGCCCAUUGAAGAGCGGUAUUCAAUCUACAGGAAUUGUGCGAGCUAUAUCGGCAGCAACUCAGCCGAGGCAACUGGAAGUGCAAGAGUCAUCUUCUCGCUGGCUUCACCGAUUCCCUCUGGGGACGGAUCCUUCUUCCAUGAGAAUCAAGAUGUCACAUGCAAGAUCUUAAGCGAGAUUACAUCGUAUGUCGAUAUCGAGAAAAACCAUGAACCAUCCACCCACCAACAGCUAGCUCUCCGUUGUCGGUUGGAGCUCCUAGCACUCAUGAUAUGUCGUGCUGGACCAGCCAUACCUGUCGAGAUGUACAAUCAGCUAUGGGAACACACCAUCGGUCUUCGUGCGCUCUCAAACACAGCCCGAGACUGGGCAUGGGUGCAAUUACUUCAAACGCUGAAAGUUGCCCCAAACAACGAUUACUGUAGGCAACUUGUCUCUUCUCACAUGACACACAUGGACCCCAGCAUGUACACAAAUGGCAUGUUCGAAUUUGUCGCCAACUACAACUUUCCUAUGACGCGGCAGCCUGUUGUAACUGACCAAGGGGAAAAGACUGUAUUGCAGAUUCCCGGUGCCGAUGUGCUAUGGUCCAUGGUUCUAUCAUCACCAGAAGGCACUAUUGAAGAUCGUGCUGCUCGUCUUCUUGCGAGUCGCUAUGUGCAAAUCAACGAAGCUGAGGGUGUUAUGCUAGCAGAUGUGGAAAUUGCUCACACUGUCCUAGUCGAGAAGUGUAUGCAGGAGAUGCGUUCGGCCUGCAAGGUCAUACGCAGUCAGUCCCCAGAUAGUGGAGAUCCAACAACCAUGGAUGUCACCGCAUCUCACUUGGCUGUGCAUGAGAAUGAGGGGCGCUGUCGCAGAAUCAUCUUGUUCCAAAAGCUCCUACUGGAGAUGAUACGUCAAAAACCAGAAUUCAAUCGCAAUCGAAGAGCAGAUUCCAAAGUCGACGAAACGGAUGUUUUCUACGGCGAUUCGAUCGCGAUCCGAGUCCAGUGUGGUAACGAUAGACAGGUCGUGAUGAUGGGUGCAGAUCACACUGUGGAAGAUCUCUACAGGCGACUAUGUCAUGUAUCGAAAUGCACCAAGGUCAACCUUUUCGCGAAAGGCAAGCGGCUCAACGUUUCCGAUAGGUCGAACGAGAAACUGAGCCGUAUCGACUUCGGAGGGCAGCUCCUCGUACAAAGGGCCCCAGAUGCGGAAGUCACUCAACCUUUGUCGGGACAGAGCACAGGAUCUUCGGUUUUCGAAUCCACAGUGGGUAAAUAUCUGGAUGAGCUAUUCUCCUUAAUGGAAACCGAUGAUAACCUAAGCCGAAUGGUGUUCGAUUAUUUGAGCUUCUUCCCAGCUCGACAUACCUUUGCGGAUAGUGUCAUGGCAGGCGCAGCACGAUCGGAAGAUCUUUUUCCCCCAGGAAAGCUCUAUCAGGCGAGAUACGCGGCUAUGGCUCUUCAGGCUAGACUGCGAGAGCAGAUACGUAACUCAAACCUAGACGAGAAGUUCCUGGUCGGUGCUAUACGCCAGUUGAACGAAGCUCUUCUCAAUCCUCGUCUCAUUAGUGAUACAAUCUCGAGCUUUCAAGAGCUGCAAUUAGCGGCUGUCCUCGUGGCAGCUCUGUUGGAGUUUCUUAGAGAGCGACCUUCCGCCGACGCCUCGGCCACCUAUUUCUCCGACGGCACACGACUCGGAAACCGCCUUAUCAUGAUCCUAUCGGUUGCACUUGAAACGAACGAAGAUGCUACCGUGGUUCGAGAUUGUUAUGCCACUAUCUUAGAAGCAUCACUUCACUCGCGCAUCAUCUGGGAAGCCUUCAUUGAGCACCCCCAAGUUCCGCAAUUGCACCGAGCGCUACUUCUGGAAGACCUCAGGGAGCCUUUGCGACAACAUGUUGCUCAGAAAAUUGAUUCCGUCUGUGGUGGUGAUCUUCCAUCUACAUGUCCACUGACCAAAGGCGAGAUUGCCACCCAGUUCUGGGCGGUCAUUUCUGCGAUCAUUCCAGAUUCUGUGCGCCUUCCUACACAGUCUUUUCAACUACUCGACAUUGCUGAGCGGGUUUUUCGGGCAAAGGACGAGUACGAACGCAACGAAGCUUCACUCCGACUGUACUUGACUAAAUGGAUUGACCUACUAUUGAACCACAAGCACCAGGAGUUUGUAGGCCGAGACGAGAUCGACCACGUGGUUUUUGGUCUCACAAAGCUUAUAUCAUGCUGCAUACUGUCAUUGAAGUCGUUCAAGAAGCCUCUCAAUACAGGCGACGUGAUGGAGAAGAUAUUCAAGAAGUACAUUUUCACCGAGAGUCGGUCUUCUGCAGAAGCUGGCCUAGCUACUGUACCGAUACUAGAGUCACACACGAGGCACGAGAUGUACGAUCUCAUGCUUGCCCUAGUCGACGACAGUAGCACGUACAAUACCCUCAUCAAGCUCGCAGGAGACGUAGAAAACGAGGAAUACGAGCCAGCGUUGGCCACCGUCUCUGUCGAUCGUUCCAUGGAAAUACGCUCUGGCACAGGCUAUGUGGGUCUGUACAACCCGCGCGCCAUCUGUUACGCAAACUCCCUUCUUACUCAGCUCUUCAUGAAUCUCAACUUCCGUGAAUUCAUCCUAGGUUUGGAACUGCAAGAAGGCAGUGGCUCUCAACAGCUUCUACUUGAAACACAGAGGCUAUUUACAAACAUGCAGCAUUCCUUUCGCAGGUCUGCAGAUCCACGCAGUUUCGCAGCAUGUGUCAAGAAUUCGGAGCUCAUGCCUAUCGACAUCAGCGUUCAGAUGGACGCAGAUGAGUUCUACAAUUCCCUGUUCGACCAAUGGGAACGCCAACUUAUUAAAGAAGAGCACAAACAGCAUUUUCGCUCAUUUUAUGGGGGGCAAACCUUGAAUCAGAUCAAAUCAAAAGAGUGCGAACACGUUUCUGAACGAACGGAGCCUUUCUUCGCGGUACAAUGCGAUGUCCAGGGCAAGUCCACACUUCAAGAGAGUCUCCAGGCUUUUGUUAGAGGCGAUGUCAUGGAAGGCGACAACAAGUACAAAUGUGAAAGCUGUGGGGGUAGAUAUGUUGAUGCAGUCAAGCGCACCUGCUUCAAGGAGGUCCCUGACAACCUCAUCUUCCACCUAAAGCGCUUCGAGUUCGACCUGGCCGAUUUCAGUCGGAGAAAGGUCUACGAUCACUUCGAAUUCCCACCAUCUAUCGACAUCAGCACGUACCAUGUCGACCAUCUUAGUGACCCAAGCAAGUCAAAGGAAGCGGACAUAUUCGACCUUGUUGGUGUACUUGUACACACAGGUACUUGCGAGCAUGGUCAUUACUAUUCUUACAUUCGUGAACGACCUUGUCCGACAGGAAAUGCAGCACCAACCUGGGUUGAAUUCGAUGAUAGCAAUGUUGGACCUUUCGACCCAACAGACAUUGGGUACCGGGCGUUUGGAGGCUUGACAGACGACACCUUCAACCGCGUACCGAAACAAUAUUCUGCAUACAUGCUGUUUUAUCAACGCCGGACUGCGGUAGAAAACGAUCAGCGCAAUUGGGUCCCCUCUCCAGACGGGAAGACUCUAAAAGUUCCCAUGCCCCCAGCCCUGGAGAAUGAGGUUGAUCUUAAGAACGAGGUGUUUAUCCGAGAAUACUGUCGCUUCGAUCCAAACCAUACAAAGUUUGUGCGACAGCUUCAUGCCAUGUCACGUACUAUCAACCACGGGUCAUGCUCAGAAGGCCAUCUACAAGAAACUCGCUCUUUGAGGAUAGUGCUUGCACACCUCGGCAACGUUGUCUGGCGUCACAUGACUUCCGAUAUUUUUUCCGAGACCUUACUUCAGAUACGACGCUCCGUCCUGCCCUGCUCAACAUGCUGCAACAUUGUCCUCAAGGCUCUUGCUACCGACGAAUGGAAUCUGCUCAAUCUGCUGCUCCGUUGCACACACGCCAAAGUACGGUCUCAAACACGUAGCUUUCUCAUUGACUGUCUCAAAGUCUCGCGCGAAAAGGACCCUGUUUCAUACGGUCAGGAGGACGCUGAGAAUGAUAUGGACUUCGAUCUUUCUUCACUAACAGGUGGGAUACUUGCGAGUUUCACGACCAGGUUACGUAUCGUCACAACUGAAACCCACAUGUCCAUACGGGGCUGGGACGACUUCUAUCUCACACUAACUCAGAUGCUCGAACUGGGCCAUGUGGAGAUCGCUGUAGUACUGAAUGGUGGCUUCCUGGAUUUCUGCCUGAAAAUGCUUUGUAUGCACUCGUACAAGCGGUUCCAGGACGAGGACCCUGACCUAUGGAGAAUCGUGAGCAAGAAGUCGGGAAUUUAUAACAGGCUCAUCGGAUUCCUGUCGAAUUUGCUCCUACGCAUCGAUACCGGUCUGCCAGCCAUUGCCUCAGGUGCUGAUCGCCUAGCUUCGCUCGACCGGGAGACUAUGAUGUUUCCAUUGACCUAUCAAGAACGGAACAUGCUCUAUUGGUGGGACUCUGAUCUGAAAGCCAUUGCGGUUCUGGACAAGGCGUUGGAAAUAUUCGAUGAGUCGAAAAUGGAUUACUUCCAUCCCGGUGACAUGGUCAAAUCGAUGCUCGGUUGGCGAGACCCACAGGCUCAGUCCAGCCUCUUCAAGACUCUUCUUGAAGGCAUCGUUACGCUCGACCCUCCCUUCUGCGAUGCUUAUAUGAGAGCUUCACUAUCGUAUUGCGAAGGCUGUCCGGUGGUAGACAGUGUCAACAAAAUUAUUACAACGAUUGCGAAGGCGGUUGCAUCAAACAGUCGGAUUGAAGAGGGCCGCGCACCUGGCGGCUCGGCUGCCCUCGAUUUCUUUGGCGGUCUUUUGCAAAUAAAGAACGAGGCUAUCUUUCAGCAAAAGCACCAGUACAUGUUCUACGCAUGGGUUAUAGGGAAAAGCCGCAUUUGGGCACCCCCUUUACUCUUACACAAGCUGGAAGACGUACGGCAAGGUGCACAGAUGCUUGUCUGCGAGCUUUACAGGACUUACGAGGGAUGGCCUGUGGAUCUGGUACAACUCAGAUGGAAAACACUCCGUGAGACGAUCACCGACAUGAUGAAGCGCAUCGUAUACGAAAAAGAUCUAGGCAUGCCGAAACAUCAUCUAUCCCCACUCAUCGACACUUGCCAAUUCCUCGUUCAACAGCUCUACGACCUCAACCAGAGCGAGGAUCUUGAGUUGGAUCUGUAUAGAGAUGUUGUCAACGACACCACACGCAUGCAACAGUGGGCUGAGGAGAUCGAACCUAGAUUGGAAGCUUGGCCACAGGACGAUAGCCUAUCAGCGGCUGAUCUCUAUGAUAAUUCUGGUAGUGAGUCAGAUGGGGAAGAAGUAUAUGAUAACGAUGUAUGA